UAUUCUCACGUGACCGAUCCUCAGCCCUCGCGACCAAUGACAACAGAGGACAGGUGCACUCAUUGUAGUUUCGGAGGUGGAAUCUCUGGUACUCUUGUAAACUGCGACGGCUCUAUAAAGUCUUCAAUGCAAGUUCACAUUUUGCAUGGCAUAAUCCGAAGCAACCCCAGGUGAUGUCCUGCAAAGGAUGUUAGUUUUUCUAAAGACGGAAAUAGAUUCAUUCAGUCAUAUGAGCUUAACAACUGCGUCCCAGUGAUUGAAAUCUUUGUAUACGUGGGAGUGAAAGAUGAUUUUCACGCACCGUGAUUUCUUUAGUGGAUUCAGUGUCUGAAGUUCGUUCCCUCCUGUCGUUACACACCUUUCAUUUGGAGGAACCUCGGGCUGCGUUUAUCUGGUUCUCAUCAUUUUUGACCGGCUUGUCCAGAAUGACGGAGAAAACUGGUCCCUGGUGGAGGUCGUUCGUGGGCAAGAGACGAAAAGCAGCCAGAGAAUCGGCAGCGAUACUGGAGCAGGACCUCUGUAAUCAGGAUACACCGGGAUCCACACCUCACCCCUCCGCUGAGCCGAACCAACGACACAAUUUACCGGCACGUUCAACGGAAGAAAGGGGCAAUGGCUUACCGAGCGACGAAACUUAUGACGACUCCACUGAGCAGUCGACUUUCAGUGAGAGCUCCAACCGCCGCAAUCUCCGGGUGUCACGCUCCGGUCGCUUCAAAGAGAAACGGACGAAGCGCGCGGGUCUUCCACAGAACCGUGAGGAGGAGGGUAAAUCGGCGAGCGCCAAAUCGGGGGAAUACACGUCAUCGCGCUAAUUGCACUGAGACAACAACUGAAGUUUACACACAUGCUAGAGCACCAUAUUAUAUAAUACGACACUACCUCCAGACUGAAAUUGUGUGUUGGAAAAACUGACUGAUGAAUGCACUAUACAGUUAUGGGGGAUAGUCUUUUUGCUAUGAGUAUGAGUAAGUUGUCCAUCAUAUAUAUUCUUAAAAUGCUGGAGAUAAUGCCAAAUAUAUUGAGCUGUUUAGUUCAAUAGAAUUAUUUUUGUGAAGGAGACAACAAAAUAUUUGUAGAGCUUUGCCAUAUGUACAUCAUUUGCACUGUACACAUCUGUGUUAGUUUUACUGUGUGUUGUUUUAUGAAGGACUUUACAUUAGAAGGAUUUAGAAGUGAUCAAUGUGCUGGAGCUGUUUUUUUUUUGUUUUUUUUUAAUA